AUGCAAAAAGGUAGUGCCGAAGACGAAGUGCAUAAGUCGUUUUCAACAGAUAUCUCUGAAAUUUGUGGGAUUUAUGAAAUGGACCGUGACAAUCCGGGUGCACAAACCAAUAACUUUGAACAAUCAUCGCGUGUAGUUUCUGAGUGUCAUGCUGAAACUUCAUCAGCUGUAAAAAAUGACAGAAAUAAACCACCCAAAAGCUUUCCAAUAAUUGUCCAGAGCACGAAAACAAAUGUAGGAAGGAUAAAGAAGGCUGAAAUCAAAAUUUUCUCUAUUGCUAGUGAAAGACUGUUGUUGGAUGCUUUGGAAACACGUGUAUCUGGUAAUACACCUAGCAGGAAUCCUUUCAAACCAGUUACACCAAUACGUGCCUUGUUAAACCAAUCAAAAGGCUCUAAUAAUAACGGAAAUUUGCAUUCUCUGGGAAUAAAUUGUUCCUCCGUACCAACUUCUAUAUCUUCACAAUAUGAGUUAAAUACACCUCAAACUCCAGACACUAGAAGACCAAAAAUAGGUGUAUAUCCAUCAAAAGGAUAUCAAGUCAGGGAAGCCAGUGAUUUCAUAGAGCCCGAAUACAUCGUGGGCAAAAGUACCAUGCCUGGAUCGAUUUUUCAGAAUAAUAGACUAAAAUCUCCAUGCACUAUUUUGCCAAAGAUAAAUUUUACGAAAAAGAACCUGUCUGAAGAUGGUAUACAGACGUCAGGCUUGUUCAACUGUAUGAUACAAAAAGAUAGGCCACUACCGUUCAAUCUAAAUUUUCGGCAUCGAACCAACAUUACUAAACCAUUUGGCUUGACCCCAAUGUAUUCAAGUAAAUUCAGAAGGUGUAUGAACACAACUACCAAAAAUAAUAUACUCAGCAGAUCAUUCAACUGA